AUGUUGCAAUCUUUUGGCGACGUCAGAUCUGAGACGACACCCGCCCCGCCAGCGGGACGCGCCGCAGCGAUCGCGCGGGCGGGAUGGACGGCGGCGCCGCGGGCGCAGACGCGGGUGCCCGCGAGCAGCGGCUCGCGGCGCUGCUUGGGGACCUGUGCGGCCAGCUGGAGCUCGGGCAGCGCCGCGCGCGGGCGGCGCUCGCGGAGCUCCGCGCGAGCGGGGCGGGCGCGGGCCCGCACGGGCGGCCGCCCGCCCCGGCGGCGGAGCGCACCGCGGCGCAGCCGCCAGCGCCGUUGGCGGAGGAGCGAGACCAGAGAGCGGCCGCAGCUGACGCUGCCUGCGGGCUGCUUCCCCCAGGGGGUGGUCCAGAGCGGCAGCGGCAGCGGCUCUGCGCCAGCGGAUCAACGGCUCCGCGGCAGCGGCAGCGGCUCUGCGUCAGCGGCAGCGUAUUCUGCCGGCAGCGGCAGCGGCUCCGCGUCGGCCUCCGCCCAGCAGCUCUGGCUGCCGACGGAGGCCACGCCAGUACACGGCGGGAACCCGGGGCCGUCGCCGUGGAGCAGGACGUUGUCACCGGCGGCGGAGGACCCCGACGGCAUCCCAGACACCACCUCGACGGUCCAAGAGGACAGCCCUCAUGAGUCGGGGCGCGGCCGGCAGUGGAGGAAGUCCAUGGGACACACCAGCAGCAGCGAGUCGGCGGGGCCGUCGCCCGCUGUCGCGCCGCGCCGCUCCGGUGCCGGGGCGCCCGGCCGCACCUCGGGGUCCAGCAGGCUGCAGGCGACCCUGACACGGCGUCGGGGCUCGUUCUCGAGCAUGUGGUCCCACGCGCGGUCCGUCUUCGGCGGCAGCAACGCGUCGAAGGAUCCGGCGGCCUCGCAGUCGGGCGCGACCAGCGCCAUGGACAUGAUCCAGCACGACGCGGUCCGCUCCUACGACCUGAGGCCGUUUUGGCGCUCAGCAUCUCCAAGUCAGAACUCCUUCGGGGCGGCGCGUUCGAGCAUGUACAUCGCGUCGCAGGUGCCGUGGCCAGUCCGGAGGUGGCUCUCCCAGUUUGACUGGGGACCGUCUCUUGCGCAGUUGCGGGCGAAGGAGCUCGUCAGCAGCAGCACCUACGAGGUGUGCGUGAUGGUGCUGAUCGUGGCCAACUCGAUCUUUCUAGGCUACCAGGUAGAGCACGAGGCACGCACUCGACAGCAGUUAGAGAGGACACUGGAGAUUGAGGCCUUUUUCUGCACCGCAUUUGCUUUGGAGCUGGCCGUGAAGAUCUACGCCAUGGGCUGGUCCUUCUGGUCAGGAAGCGAGGCCUCGUGGAACUACUUCGACAUUUUCGUCGUGGUGUCGAUGCUCCUGGACUUUUUUGUGAGUGUGUCCCAGAAAACGGCGGAGCCGUCGCUGUGGUCGCAGGUUUCGGGGCUGCGCAUAUUCCGCGUCCUCCGGGUCGUUCGGUUCCUGCGUUCGGUCAGGCAGCUGAAAUUCUUCAUGCAGUUGCGGAUCAUGAUCCGUUCAAUCAUGUUCUCCUUGCGGCCAUUACUCUGGGCCUCCAUUGUUCUCAUGGGCAUGUUCUACGUGUUCGGGAUAAUCCUGACCCAGGGCGUGAUCGACAGUCUCAAAGAGAACGAUUCGUGGGACGACGAGUCCAGCGCAGAGCUGCGAUCCUACUUUGGCACCCUCGAGUGCGCAGCGCUCUCGCUGUUCCAGGCAAUGUCUGGAGGCAUUAACUGGGGGGUUCUGUUCGCGACGCUGUCGCCCCUGGCUGUACACUUCCGGUUCGUCUUCCUGUUCUUCGUCCUCUUCGCCAUCUUCGGUGCGACGGGUCUGGGGAUUUUCGUAGAGAUCGCCAACCACUGGGCGCGCAACGACAAGGCUUCGCAGGAGCAGGCCGCGGCAGAGAAGAGGAUCGGCAGCAUCAAGCGGUUGCACGAUCUGUUCAUGGAGUUGGACCCAGGUGGUCACGGCACUGUGACUUUCGAGGGUAUGCUCGAGGCCGUGCUCAACGUGGACAAAGGCUUGGUGAGCAGCUUCCACGCGCUGGAGCUGGAGGUGACGGACGUUCGUACGCUCUUCCUCAUGCUGGACCGCGACCGGAAAGGCUACAUCAACUUAGAAGAGUUUCUGCUCGGUUGCUUCCGACUGAAAGGCGAGGCCAAGACUUUGGACAUCAUGAAGUUGCAGUACCAGUCUGAGUGGAUAAUGCACAAUAUAGCGAACAUUCUAGACAUUUUGACCAGCCGGGACAUCCCUGACACAUGGAGGCCACAGACCAGUCCGCGCCACGACGCAGCGACACCGACAUCAGCAUAUCAGCACGUCAGGGCGAUGGUUGGCACUGGAGCCUCCACCGACUUCAGGAAGAACUUCCCCGCCAUGGUGGCGAGCCAGCAGCUGGCCCAGCUGCAGCGCCUCAGCGAGCCGGGCCAAGCCCUCCCCGGUGGCAGCGAGCGCACGAGCGCGAGCCUCGAGGGGAGCCUGCAGAGCCUGGAGGCCGUCGACCGGCCCAUCGAGGCGGGCUAG